CGCGCGCGUGCGCCGCAAUCGAAUUCGAUCAAAGUACUUGAGUUUUGUGAUUUGAAAUUGGUUUUUUCUACGCCAUUCCGUCUCGUUUCGUUUCGUUUCAUUUCGUUGUGCUUCGGUCAAGUUCUGAAUCACUUAAGGUGACACACAUAAGGCAAGGUCGCGGAGUACUCCACAGUCAGUAGUCAAAAUGGAAGGCCAGGCCAAGCAAGCGUACUUCGUCAAUGAGGCAUACAACCACGAAGAGUCGCCGCCCCAGAGCGGUGGAACAAUAACUGGAAAUGGAAAUGGAAAUGGAGCUGGCGGAGAUGCCCUGCAUCGCCGGAAGAGCGGCGGGAAUAGGGAACUCCAGCUGGAUAUCAGUGGCUUUAAAAAGGGUCAGGAGAUGCAUGGAGGUGCAGAUCCACCGAAUCUCGACUUUGAUGACAUUCUCCCCUUGAUUGGGGAGUUUGGACGCUAUCAAAAGCUACUCUUCAUCUGCAUGAUCCCGUUCUCCUUCUUCGUGGCCUUUGUGUACUUCUCCCAGAUUUUCCUCACUUUGAUACCCGAGCAGCAUUGGUGUCAUGUCCCGGAAUUGGAUGGCUUGGAUGUGAUGGCCAGACUGGCCCUUUCCAUACCCAUGACCAAUGGGGAGUACAACAAUUGUUACAUGUACGAUGUCAAUUACACGGAGGUACUGGCCCAGGGCAAGGUGAUGGCCGAUCCAAAGUGGCCGCGGGUCAAGUGCCGCCACGGAUGGUCAUAUAACUUCACGGAGAUUCCCUACUCAACGGUGGCCACCGAACAGAAUUGGGUUUGCGACGAUGCCGCCCUGCCCACCUAUGCCCAGUCCAUAUUCUUUCUGGGCGCCAUCGCAGGAGGACUUCUCUUUGGCUGGGUGGCAGAUCGUUUUGGACGAAUUCCUGCCUUGAUUGGUACCAAUAUGAUGGGUCUAGUGGCUGGCGUGGGCACCGCUUUUGUGACCAACUUUUGGGAGUUUGCAGCCAUGCGUUUCUUUGUGGGAUUCGCCUUUGAUAACUGCUUCACCAUGAUGUAUAUUUUGGUUCUGGAGUAUGUGGGUCCCAAGUACCGCACCUUUGUGGCCAACAUGUCGAUAGCCAUAUUCUUCACCGGUGCCGCCUGUCUGCUACCCUGGAUAGCUUAUUUUGUGGCCGAUUGGAAAAUCCUGGCCAUUGUGACCUCUGCUCCCCUCUUCCUGGCCAUAUUUACACCAAUGAUUGUGCCGGAAUCGGCCCGUUGGUUAGUCUCCCAAGGCAAAGUGGACAAGGCCAUCGGGAUCCUCAAGAAGCUGGAGAAGCGAAAUGGACGCCAGGUGCCAACGCAGACGUAUCAAAACUUUGCCGACAGCUGCAAGAGGAUGCGGGAACAGGAGGCCCAGAAUGGCAGCUACUCGGUGCUGGAUCUCUUCAAGUCACCUCGCUUGCGUCGCACCACCUUGCUCCUGAUCGUGAUCUGGAUGGCCAUAUCGCUGGUCUUUGAUGGCCAUGUGAGGAACGUCGGGUCGCUCGGACUUGACAUCUUCUUUACCUUCACCCUGGCCUGUUUCACGGAACUUCCAGCAGACACUCUGCUGACGGUGAUCCUGGAUCGCUUUGGACGCCGUUGGCUGGCCUGCAGCUCCAUGGUGCUCAGCGGAGUCUUCAGUCUGCUGGCCACUGUGGUUCCUGUGGGCAUCUACUCGGCCGCCUUGGCCAUUAUGGGUCGGUUCUUUGUGAACAUCAGCUACAACAUCGGUUUGCAAUGGGCGGCGGAAGUGCUCCCAACGGUGGUUAGAGCCCAGGCAGUGGCCUUCAUCCACAUCAUGGGCUACGUGGCCAGCAUCAUAGCUCCGUUUGUGGUUUAUCUGGCCAAUAUUUCCAAUGCCUUGCCACUGAUUAUACUGGGAAUCCUGGGUAUUAUUGGUGGCCUGCUAUCGCUGCUGCUCCCCGAGACCCUGAAUCACGUCCUGCCACAGACCCUGACUGAUGGAGAGGAAUUUGGACGGGGCCAGAGCAUCUGGGACUUCCCCUGCUUGGCCAAACAGGUGGACGACGACGACGAGGACGAGGCGAAGAGGAACACCGAUGUGGAGGAGGUGCGCUCCCAAGCCUUUGUGAGGGGAACCCAGACCGGAGCCUCUCUGAAUGCCUCGACGGGUGGAGAGCUGAGAUCGAGCAUCCUGCGACGCUCGGUCAAGUCACGCAACUCCACAAAGCUUUAGAGGAUCGGCACUCAGCCGGCAAAUCACUAGGUAGCUAAUUCUUCUAGCAGCCAAAAUUAAACUGUAGCUCUGCCUUGCAUUUUUAGCAUCAACUAGCCUCUAAGCGUCUUUAAGGACUUUUGUGAUACUAGAACUAAGAAAUUGUA